CAUCAGAAUCAAGAUGGACACCCAAACUGUAAACCUGGAAGGUACUACAUCUAUGGAACCACCUGAAGGCACAUCCUUUGUUUAUGAUACUAGGAGCCAAUUAGUUGUAAUCGUUGGUUCUUUACUCAUUAUCAUAGGAAUACUUGGUUCCUUUGGAAACCUGAUGGUCAUUCUGGCUGUCUCCCUCUGCCGAAAUCUGCAAAACAAAACCCAUGUGUUUGUGGUGAGCCUCAGCGUCGCUGAUUUUAUCACGGCACUGACCCUUCCAUUUCAAGGUUUCUCAGUGCUCUCUGAGACUGGAUGGCCUUUUGGCAAUGGGUUGUGCAAACUGUUUGGAGCCUUGCUUAUUUUUACGUUAGCAGUCAGCUUCUUUACUUUGGCUGCAAUAGCGGUUGACCGUUACAUCCACAUCACGAAGAGUAUGAGACUGCAACAGAAGAUCUACACUCGCAGUAGCAUUGCUAUCAUGGUAGCAUUCCUGUGGCUUUUUCCCUUCCUGGGGAUGGUUGUACCACAGCUAAUUCCUGCAACAGGUGGUAUAAAGUAUAGUCCUGACACGAGGACCUGUGGUUGGGACUUUGGGCAUCCCAUGCAUGGAGUGUUUCGAAACAUAACCUCAGCAUGCGCCAUGUUUUGCACCGCCCUGAUCAUCUUCUGCUAUGUUGCCAUCAUGCUCUAUGUCCGGAGGCAUAUCAGAGAGACAAGGGACAUACUGAGGGUAUCUUCUGGCAAUAUCAACAACCUAGUGGCAUCACCUACUGGAUCAAGUAAGAUGCAGAUUGACAUCACCAAGAACAUGGCGGUUGUUAUAGUGGCCUUCUUCCUUUGUCUUCUCCCUUAUUCAUGCAGUACCUACUUAUAUAAACCAGAAAUAUGUGCUUCUUUGUUCUUCUUUGUGCUUCUCACUCUUUCUACUUGUCUGAACCCUAUGAUAUAUGCUGUCAAGCAUCCUACAUUUAAAAAAGUUUUCAAGUGCAUGGUCUACUUCAGGUUCCAUGAUAUUCCUCGGCCAUCAGCAUGGCUCAAGAAUAUUCUCCGUGAAAGAAAUGUGGCUUCAUCUAGGGCUUAAUUUGUCAAUCUUUUGCAAAUCUUUCGGUACUUGGCACAGUUUUUGCACAUAAG